UAAAUCUGAGUUGACAGCCCAAUAACGCCAAAUAUCAGACCGAGAUUAAAGAUCAAAGAUCAAAACACAUCACACCAAUCACCAUCAACUUGUGCAGAUCACACAUUAUUAGUGCAUCAACAGUAGCUGCUGUAGCUACAGAUUUUUAGAUAAAAAGCCAGACAUUUUAUGUAUGCAGAUCACACAUUUCAGACAAAAAUAGCUUCUAAUUUCAGACAUGCAAGAAGAACAAGAUCCUUGUUCUUCAGGUUAUUGGCCUGCAAAUUUUCCUGGUGCAGCAUAUUAUGACGAGUCCGUUUUGUUUCCUUGGCCAGUUGAAGACAGCAUGAAUGGAUUUUCAUGUCCGUUAGUUCCGGUACUGUCUGCAGAAGAUAAAGCUGCUUCUGUCUCUAAGAACCAUAGCCAAGCUGAGAAGCGGCGCAGAGACCGGAUUAAUGCACAGCUCGGAGUUCUUCGGAAACUCAUUCCGAGAUCAGAUAAGAUGGACAAGGCAGCUCUACUAGAAAGUGCCAUUGAUCAAGUGAAGGAAUUGAAGAUUCAAGCAAAAGAAAUAAGCAAAGCUAUUACAAUUCCGACAGAAUUCGACGAAGUAACCGUCGAUAAUAUUGGCGAUUCUGAUGAUGUUAUACCCUCCACGAGCACUGCAAAAGAAAAUAAUAAUAUAUAUAUUCGAGCUUCAAUUUGCUGCGAUGAUAGACCGGAAGUUUUCUCCGAACUCAUUCGAGCGCUUAAUGGCCUUAGAUUGAAUUUAGUUAGAGCUGAAAUUUCGAGUGUAGGUGGAAGAGUUAAAAGCAUCUUAAUACUUUGCAAUGAAGGUGGUCGAGAUGACGGCGGCGGCGGCGGCGGCGUUUCUCUUAGCGCUAUCAAACAGUCGCUAAAUGUUGUUUUGAGUAGAAUUUCUUCAUCUUCUAUACCAUCAAAUUAUCAUAUAAGAAGUAAGAGGCAGAGGUUUUUUUUGCCUUCUCAAUAGUUAAAUUAUUAUUCUUAUAUACAUAUUAAUUUAUACAUAGAUAUAUAGAUCAAACUCUAAUUUAUUGAUGUUUCUUUGUAAGUUUAAUUUUUUAAAAUAUUGUUAGUAUAAAAUUUAAUAAUUUAACUAUAUUUUAAUU